AUUCAUGAUAUAGAGACAGGAGAAAAAAAAGUACAUUUGAGCGGUGUUCACUAGGGAAGACAAAAAUUCUUUUCCACUAUAUAUAUUAAAUAAUGGUAUAUGUAAAUGUAUUACAGAAUCGUGAUUACAAAUCACUGAUUAAUUUUUAUGACAUGAUUAGUUUCUCUAAAUUCUGCAUGAUUCAUUCAAAUAGCAAACUAUAUAUAUACAUAUAAAUAUGUCCAUUUUAUUAGUUUUGCUUACAGCGUAGUAGAAAAGAGUUGAAUUGGGAACAUAUCAUGAAAAAGGAAUCAAAAGUUGAUUUUAAACCACCACCAACAAUAAUGACAUCGACAAUUCCUUCAAACAAUGAAGACCAACACCAGCCAUUGAAACAUUUAACAAACAAUUAUGACGUCCAUCAUCAUCAUCAUACUACUACUACUACAUCCACUAAUAACGAACGUAAAUUGAAAACGAGAAUAGAAUCUUUCUCAAAAAUGAAUAGUAUCCAAGAGACUUCUGAUUAUGAUGCAAACAUGAAACUGCCAAGAUUUAUGACAAACUAUAAGUAUAAACAAGCUAAAUACCUAUUGAAUUUAACUCCAAAUAAGUAUAAAAAACGAAAACCAUUCAACUAUAUCGACUCUACACUAUAUAAAACCCAUUGGAAUUAUUCCUCGUACUAUAAUGAAAAUGAAACCAAUGAGAAUUAUGCAACAACCUACCGUCCAUAUAAUUAUUAUUACUAUUAUAACUACAAUAAUAGUAGUAGUAGUAAUAGUCAUAGCAGGAGUGCUUACAGUAACAUUUACAAUAAACGUUCUGAUUAUGGAAGAUUUAAGCGUAGUAAAGAUUCUGGCCCAUCUCUUGCUGAUGUUCCAAUGAAUGUGGACUUUAAUACUGCCAGUCCAACCUACACAUCGAAUCGUUUUCAUGUGUUCAGUUAUGAACAAGUGAAACAGUUGGAUGCAAUUAUGAAUUCUUGUGUGUGUAUUGCUCCAAAACCUUUAUUUUCCAGCUGUAUAGAUGAAAAUAAUAAUUCAUUGUCAAUGAAUAAAGCAUGUUAUUGUUGUUAUCUACAAGAAUCGAUUAUGAACUGUAUGAAAAAUGGAGAUGAUAUAGACAUUUCAGGACUGACGAUAAAUCCAAUUUGCAAUUUAUCUCAAAAUAAAAAGACCAGUGGGGAAAUGACAGAUACAACCAUCGGUACAACGACAACUGAAACCCCGAGUACAACCCCAACCAAGAAUACACCGUCAAUAAGUAAUAAUUUAAAGACUUCAACAUUUUCUGAUCAAUUGUUCAACGAGGACAAUUUUAUAACUCACGCGUCUAACAGUCCUGAUCUAUCAUCUACUUGUUAUCAUGAUGCCUGCUUAAAUCUACCGUCAUCACACACUCCACUGAUGCCUGAAAUAUUUCCAACUACAAGACUGCCAACGAUACGUAUACAACUCAAAAAAUUGAUUCGAACCAUACGGGAUCGGUUAGUCGAGGAGUCGAUACCAGUGAAAGAAAUACGUUUGGGCGGUGGAGCUGCAUGUUCUAUUGUAGGUUCACAAAAAACUGAAAAAUUCAACGAUAUCGACCUUAUUUUUCGAGUUGAUUUAUCCAAUUCUACAACAUUCACAAAAAUUAAAUCCAUUGUCUUCUCAUGUAUUGCACAUAUACUAGCGGAUACAAUUGCAUUAGAGAAAUUAAAACAUUAUUCCUACGGUUGUCCAUAUAUGUGUAAUAAUAAUAAUACAUUUCCUCUUCCUCACAUACAUUCCACUGAGACCACACCACAGAAUUCCUUAACUUCUUCAUGUUGUUGUAAUUGUACUUGUAGUCCGCUGAACAAAUCGUUUCAGUUAAACAAAGAAAAUAUCGGAAAUUUACAAACUACUCCUGAUGCACCUAAAGGUAAUAAGCAUAAAUAUAAUAAUAACAAUAAUGAUAAUCGUCAACCUUUACAUGAGAAUUCUCAAUCGAAUGGAGGAUACCAGUCAAAUUCUAUUACUGAAGAAAAUUCCUUUGAUCCUGGAACAUGCCCUCAGAGUAAUAAUAACAAUUCAUUAACCAAUGAAAAUCAAACAGAAAAUUGUAAUUCCACAUGUUGUGGCGUAUGUCAUCCUUUAACUUCUCUAUAUCCUUAUUAUGCAUUUGAUUCAUUUUUACCGCCAGUAGCGUGUUCAAUGUGUUCAAGACAAUUCAGCUGUUCAUAUUACAAUAAUAUUGACUGUAUUAAUAAUACUAAUAAUAAUAAUGGAAAUAAUUCAAAUUGUUUAAUGAAUCCAUAUAAUGAUACAACUGUUAAACAAUACAUACAAAAAAUGAUUCGUAUAUUUAAACCAAAUUCAAAGAUAUCCGAUUCAUGGUCAUUAUUUACAAUCGGUUAUCGUGGUCGUGGUUGUUCUUCAAAAGAAGAUAAUGCAACAAAGAUAAUUGACAUGAAAUUUAUUGAUCGUAUGCAUCGUCAAUUUGAAUUUACAGUGGAUAGUUUUCAAAUUGUUCUAGACAGUUUGAUAAAAUUUCAUGAUCCUACAAGUGGUUAUUUACAGCAUCAACAAAUGAAUGAGAACUUUUAUCCAACAGUUGUAGCUGAAUCUUUAUCUGGUAGUUAUGUUGAAGCUGUGGCGCAUUUAAAUGACCGUAUAAUUGCAACAUAUCGACCAGAAGAGAUCCACGGUGGUGGUCUGUUGAAAUAUUGUAAACUGUUAGCUGAAGGUUAUAAACAGUCAGAGACUACAGAUGUUAUGUCAAUGGAAAAGUAUAUGUGUUCUCGAUUUUUUAUCGAUUUUCCGGAUAUUAUAAGUCAGCAUAAUCAAAUCAAUGCGUUUUUGUUGAAUCAGUUUGAAAGAGAUUCGAAGAAGAAGGCGAAUUAUUUGAAUAUUUUGUAUGAAGUUGUCUCAAAUUCUACUAUAUGUUUGAUGACACAUGAAAGACGACAAACUUUAUGCUUAAUACAGAUGUUUCUACGAGAUGUCAUUGAAGAAGACCAAGAACAACAACAACAACAACAGCAACUGCGUCAACAACAAAACCAACAAAAACAAGACAAUAAUAAACAAUCGAUUGUACAUUUACAAGAAUUUUCAUCAAAUGAUUGGGCAUUGGAUAAGGUGUUCUACGGUACUAACUACUUUCCGAGACAAAUGUAUCAAGUUGCUGAUAAAUCCAAUAAAUUAUCCAAUUCUGAUGAAAAGUGUGAAAAAACUAUAAAAUCUGACAAGCCAGUCACAUCAACUUCAAAGACAACUGGAUUAAAAGUGAAACUGCAAAGAGUCCAAGAAGAAGAACAUGACAAAGACAACAAUGAUGAUGACAAUAAUAAUAAUGGUGAAGAAAGUGAUGAACAGACAGAUAAAAUGAAUACCGCUCAUAAAGAUAAUGGCGAUCCAACUGAAAAUAAUAAUGUAAUCAUAAAUUCAACUGACCAGGUAGAUAAUGAGAAUAAAGACGAUGAUAAUGAUGAUGGCGUUGAUGGCGUCGAUGAUGAUGAUGAUGAUAAUGACGAUGACGAUGAUGGAAGCCAUUCUGCAUCAGUUGACAGUUUAUCAAAGAAUUCAUCAUCAGAGUGUACAUGUCAUCUUCACUAUCCAUUAUUGCAUCGCUAUCCUCCUUAUUAUUACCAUCAUCACUAUCACUAUCAUCAUCUUCUGAGUCAUCAUUUACACCAACACCAACAACAACAACAGUAUAAUCGUCAUCAUUGUUGUCACCAUUAUCCCCACCAGCAUUUAAUUCAUCCUCUUCCUCUGCCUCCUCCACCUCCGCACCAUCAUCAUCCAGUCUAUAAUGGCGACAUGUAUUACUAUCCUCAACUAGUCACUUAUUUCCCCGCUAAUGAUUAUCUCCUUUCACCAUCUAUGAUUAAAAAUCAAGCCUACUAUUCACUUCCUUACGAUACUACCAUUUACAGUAACCAUACUGAUAAUAAUAACGACAGUAACGAUUCAGCUCAUCUCCUGCCCAACAGUCUUCCACAUUAUCAUGCGAAAAUUAUACUACCACAAGAGACCAAAUCGCAGGAGAGAAGAUGUCUUGAUAAUAAUAAUAAUAAUGAUAUGCGACAUUAUGUCGGUGUACCAUGCACUUAUCCAUCAUCAUCAUCAUCAAUGAUUUAUCCGAAAUUCCAAACAGACACCACCACGGCUACUGCUACGGCUACGCCUACUGCUACUACUGAUAAUGGUAAUAGUAGUUGUAGUAAUAGUAGUAGUGAUACUCAAAUGAUACAAACUUAUUGUGAACCGCUUAUUUUUUAUUCACCAACAGAUCAAAAUUAUUAUCUCUGUCCUACAACAUCUUUGCAUGAAGUCCAAGAAAGUCUACCAGUGGUGUAUAAUUAUACUCCAAUAUAA